UAAUUUGUGAUAAGAUCAAGGCAAAUGGCAAUGGCUGCUCAACCAGUUUUGCUUGUUUCUCUCUUCCUCCUCUUCCUCCCAUUACUGAUUUUCAUGAUAAAGAAAUUUGCUCGGAAACAAAACAAGAACCUUCCUCCAUUUCCUCCAAAGCUUCCCUUCAUAGGCAAUUUGCACCAGCUUGGCUCAUUGCCUCACCAAUCUUCAUGCCAACUCUCCAAAAAAUAUGGCUCAGUUAUGCUUUUUCAUCUCGGAAAUGUGCCAGUUGUUGUUGUGUCCUCUGCUGAGGCUGCAAAACAAGUCAUGAAGACUCGUGAUCUCAGUAGCUGUAGCAGACCUCAAUUACAUGGUCCUCGACAACUGACAUACAAUUACCAAGACUUGGCAUUUUCACCUUAUGGAGAGUAUUGGAGAGAGAUAAGAAAAAUUUGUGUCCUAGAGCUUUUCAGUGUGAAGAGAGUACUUUCAUACCAAUCAGUCCGGGAAGAAGAAGUUACAAAGCUCAUCAACUCCAUAUCUCACCACUCCUCAUCUUCUCCUGGUGCUCCCGUUGAUCUUACUGAAAAGUUGUUUAAUCUUACUGCUAGCAUAAUUUUAAGGACUGCGUUUGGGACAACUUUUAAAGAUGCUAAUUUUUCUGACGAGAAAUUUCAUUACAUCGUUCAAGAAGUCGCAGCCAUCAUGGGAACUUUCAGUGCAGCUGAGUACUUUCCAUACGUGGGAUGGAUCGUUGACAAGCUUUCUGGUUUAGAGCAAAGACGUGAAAGGAUUUUCCACCAGAUAGAUCAUUUCUUCCAAAGGGUGAUUGAUGAACAUCUCAGUCUCGGUAGAGAAAAACAAGACCAUGAAGACAUUAUUGAUGUGCUUCUCAAAAUAGUAAAAGAGCAAACUGGUUUUGAAGCAGCUUCCCUAACAGUAGACAAUAUCAAGGCAGUCCUCUUGAAUAUGUUUCUAGGUGGGGUAGAUACUGGUGCAAUUACCAUGGUGUGGGCAAUGGCAGAGCUAGCCAAGAGACCUGAAAUGAUGAAGAAGGCUCAAGAUGAAGUUAGAGCUUGCAUUGGAGACAAAGGAAAAGUCACAGAAACUGACACUGAUCAGCUUCAAUACCUCAAAAUGAUAGUGAAGGAAACUUUUAGAUUGCACCCUCCAGCUCCUACGCUUGUCGCAAGAGAGACCAUGUCACACUUCACCAUCAAUGGUUAUGAGAUUAAGCCAAAAACUCUAAUUCAAGUGAAUGCUUGGGCGAUUGGAAGAGACCCCAAGAGCUGGAAGGAUCCUGAAGAGUUCAUCCCAGAGAGGUUUGUGAAUAGCUCCAUUGAUUUCAAAGGUCAACAUUUCGAGUUGUUGCCAUUUGGUUCUGGGCGAAGGGUGUGUCCUGCCAAUUACAUGGGAACGACAAUAAUUGAGCUUGGGCUUGCCAAUCUCUUAUACAGCUUUGACUGGAAAUUGCCCGAUGGAAUGAAAGAGCAGGAUAUCAACAUGGAAGAGAUUGCUGGUCAUUCUCUUACCAUCUCCAAGAGAACUGCUCUCAAGCUUGUUCCGGAGAAACACAUUCAUCCACUACUCAAUAAAUUAAUUUAAGUUUGUUAUAUAUAUAUAUAUGAAAAAUAAAUUGAGUGCUGUGUGUUUUUUCAGCCUCUCUUCUUAAUGAAUUGCAUCAGUACAACUGAUUACACCAUAUAUAUAUAUAUAUAUAUUUAACCUUAUUUGAGUUUAAUAAUAUAAACUUUUAUUGGA